GAGCAAGAAGGAGACCCUGGAGGUCCGCAUGCUGGCGGAGGAGCAGGUGGUGUUGCUAAAGCAACAAUUGGUGGCCAUCCGCCGCGCACCUGGCCAACACGGAGCGCGAGUCCAACGACCUGCGCCGCCUGCUGGACAAAGAGCUGAAGCAGAAGGAAGAGAAGGAGCACGAGUUGAUGCAGAAGGAGAGGAGCAAGUCCCACCUGGAGCAGGCCAAGCAGGCCAGCAUUGAGCGUUUGAUGGAGGAGCUGAAUGAUAAGGACCGGCGCCUGAGGAAGCUGUCCGAGGAGCAGGACCGCAGCACUCGCCUGCAGUCCAUGACACAGGAGAAGGUGCGCAAGGACGUGGACUUCAUCAAGAAGCAGCUGUCACACGAACGCACGCUCAAGCUGGGCGCCUUCCACCGCGUGGACGAACUCCAGAGUCAGGUAUAUGAACUGGAAUCCAACCUGUUCGCUCAUUCACCUCAUGGUACGGCCUCCAUUCCGCCCACACCCGCGAAGAGUACGCGAGCAGUGUCGGCCAGCAAAGUUUCCAGAAAAAUCCGGCCCUCCACGACCUCCGGGGUAUGGCCUCCGCCGACCGCCUGGCCUGCCACUCGCAUGCAGGGGGCGCCGGAAGAGGGCGCCUUGGCUGUUGCUGGCCUCAACAACAUGGACAACAGGAUGGUUCAACGGCCCAAGACGGUGGGAGGACGGUUACGAAGUCGCAUUGCCGAGCAGCUGCUAAACGAACUGGAGCCUGACCAUCACCGCAUCAUAGUGCAGCUGGAGCAGCUGCAGCUUGAGGGACGCCGCUAGGUCGACAACGUGACCCAGAAAGAGCGUCAAGCAACAGAAUAGCACUUCACCUGAGCUGUCGUUAACAGAAAUAAAGCGCACGCAGACGGUUAUGUGAUUGGCCUAGAGACACAAACUUCCAAAUCCAGGAUCUGUUGCGAAGUUUCAGGAUCAUGUCACGGGCAGGGGAAACCUUCCCAAACGAAAUCUGUGAUGGACAUUUCUUGUUUACUUUAUGAUAAACGAUAGGCGCCUACAUUCUUUGGUAGGCACAGGCGGUUUUAAUUUAUGGAAAUCUUUUCCCUUAAUGUUGAAACAAAAUUUGCACCACGCCAUCAUCUGAGGCUUUAAAACACCUUUCUAACCGGAGUCACGUCACAGUCCAUGACAUUUUUACAUAAAAAUUUUAUGUCUUUUUUCCAAAGAUCAGAUAUUCGAGAAUGAGACUGAUUAAGAAGGUGUUUCAGAAAUAGAAAGCGUUGAAGAACUAACAAGGAUUAAAAAUGGAGAACGAAAUGUAUACAUUUGUCUUAAAACACCCAAAUUUACAUUUUGUUGUCGUGUAAAUAUUUAAAUGUACAAAUGGUGUUCGAGAUCCUUAUGGUGAAUUUACUAAACACGCGUCGGUAUUAUUUUUGGAACAUUUUACUUGCUCAACAUUCAUUUACUUUUCUAUGCACUUUUAAAGAAAUUUUGACACUGGACUUAGUCCCAGUUUUAUUGGAAAGUUUUCAAAUGACAUUGUUGGGAAAUGUUCAGGUAGUAUUAUCUGUGUAGUAAAACCAUCAAGAGAAACUUGUUUACUCUGUACUAAUCUUGAGAAUGCUCUAUCAUUGUAAAAUUCUAUUGUUGCUUGAACGGUAAGACACCAUAAACUGUUUAAUUACUACGAUAGGCUGCUUGAUAAUGGUUAAUUCGUCCUUGUUCUGUUGUCCAGAAAGUAAGAAUGUCAUUACAUUAUUUAGUCGUUCAGUUAUUAAAAAAAACUGAUAUAUGGACUCAGUUUAUCAAUUUAAAGUCCAAAUAUAUUGUUUGUAUAUAGAUAUGUUUAUAAUUUUGUAAUUUUGUACUUUAUACAUCCUGCCUUUUCUAAUGCACAUCAUCAAAUCAUAGUAAUUAUUGCCACCACACUCGGUUUUCUUUUUAUCUCUUAUUUUUAUUUGAUUCUCAACAAUAAUUUUUUUCCGACAAAUGUUUUUCUUAAACGUUAUGAUUGUGCUUAUCCUUAUAACGAUCAUCUUUUUUCUUCACGAGCCUACUCAUUUUUCUGCCGAAUGUUGCUUUUCUCUGUCCCUCUCUCAAAUGCAGCAGCGAUCGUUACCAAGUGACAGGAUGCAAGAAGCAUUGCGUUUUCUGUGAUACAUUCAUUUGCUCAGUAUUUCAUUCAAAUUGUCGACGAAUCCAUGGUGAGGAUUGCAUUUGUUCGUGUCUACCACAAUUGUUGAAUUUUUUAUCUUCGAAAAAUUCAUAUCAGUUCUUCAGUGGGCUAAAAAGAGUAUUCAUAUGAGAUGUAUGCACAGUUUAUUUUAUAUCUAGACGUAUAUAUUUUUGAGAGAUUACAACCUAUUUGUUAGUACAAAGCAUGUCUCUUUCCCUCCACUCUUUUUGUCUUCAUAUCCAAUUCACCAUCUUAGACUUGUUGCACUCAUACACAUUAGUAUCGAGGGAUGAUGUUAAAGUUUUGUGCCCUUUCCUUUUCCCCAGUUAAGAGCUGUGUGAAUAUUCCAGGCUGGAAUUCAUGUCCUGCCUCGAGUUAGCACCUCGAUCAAGCGCUCCUUUCAUUUACGUGAAACACCCAACAAGUCCCAGCGCGUAGCACGUGCUUCAGUUUGUAACGGUUUCACCAGCUGACAUCACAGUUUGUACUGAGUGCAGGUCUAACGCCCGCAGGGUCUGUGGCGUCCAUGACACAGGCAAACACAUUGCAGGAGGCAGGACACAGGCUAUCGGCUUGACUGACCUUUAAGUUGGGUACAGGGUCGACGUGAAUUCCAACUCACUCCCAUGUCCUUGCAAAUAUACAGUCAUUAAGAAGGCGUGCUAUCCAGACCUUAUCUCACUACAAAUUUACGUUUUUGAAGAAUUGUACCAGCCUCAUCCCCACCCUACCCUCUUACAAAUGUAUGGUCUGCACAGUCACGCAGUCAAACUGACCCACCAACGCGAUUUGCCUUGAAAAAUUCAGAGAUUUUUUCCUAUUAUUUUCUUGUCCACAACUGAUUGCUUCAUGUUCCUUGUGAAAUCAAACGCUGUUUAUUUUCUGUUUGUCCUCUUUUAAACGCAGGAAAUGUUACAGGAUUCUGUGCUCAUGUAGCCAGAAUCGAUUAAAUACUAUUUAUAUAUAAAUAAAAAAAAACAAUGUGGCAAAUUAAAUUUCCUGUUGAAACCUGUGUAAA